AUGAAACAUGAUAUCUUCCAAGGGAGCUGCAGCAGGUUGCUGCAAAAAAAUAGAGGUGGAGACGAAGACGUGGGGAGUCCAGAGCCGCAUGUCAGAAAGUGGCGUUGUCAGUUGUGCCCUCGAGAAAAAGACGGAAAGGAAAUAUUCUUCUAUGGAGUGUCGCCGGGAGUGUCGCCGGGAGUGUCGCCGGGAGUGUCGCCGGGAGUGUCGCCGGGAGUGUCGCCGGGAGUGUCGCCGGGAGUGUCGCCGGGAGUGUCGCCGGGAGUGUCGCCGGGAGUGUCGCCGGGAGUGUCGCCGGGAGUGUCGCCGGGAGUGUCGCCGGGAGUGUCGCCGGGAGUGUCGCCGGGAGUGUCGCCGGGAGUGUCGCCGGGAGUGUCGCCGGGAGUGUCGCCGGGAGUGUCGCCGGGAGUGUCGCCGGGAGUGUCGCCGGGAGUGUCGCCGGGAGUGUCGCCGGGAGUGUCGCCGGGAGUGUCGCCGGGAGUGUCGCCGGGAGUGUCGCCGGGAGUGUCGCCGGGAGUGUCGCCGGGAGUGUCGCCGGGAGUGUCGCCGGGAGUGUCGCCGGGAGUGUCGCCGGGAGUGUCGCCGGGAGUGUCGCCGGGAGUGUCGCCGGGAGUGUCGCCGGGAGUGUCGCCGGGAGUGUCGCCGGGAGUGUCGCCGGGAGUGUCGCCGGGAGUGUCGCCGGGAGUGUCGCCGGGAGUGUCGCCGGGAGUGUCGCCGGGAGUGUCGCCGGGAGUGUCGCCGGGAGUGUCGCCGGGAGUGUCGCCGGGAGUGUCGCCGGGAGUGUCGCCGGGAGUGUCGCCGGGAGUGUCGCCGGGAGUGUCGCCGGGAGUGUCGCCGGGAGUGUCGCCGGGAGUGUCGCCGGGAGUGUCGCCGGGAGUGUCGCCGGGAGUGUCGCCGGGAGUGUCGCCGGGAGUGUCGCCGGGAGUGUCGCCGGGAGUGUCGCCGGGAGUGUCGCCGGGAGUGUCGCCGGGAGUGUCGCCGGGAGUGUCGCCGGGAGUGUCGCCGGGAGUGUCGCCGGGAGUGUCGCCGGGAGUGUCGCCGGGAGUGUCGCCGGGAGUGUCGCCGGGAGUGUCGCCGGGAGUGUCGCCGGGAGUGUCGCCGGGAGUGUCGCCGGGAGUGUCGCCGGGAGUGUCGCCGGGAGUGUCGCCGGGAGUGUCGCCGGGAGUGUCGCCGGGAGUGUCGCCGGGAGUGUCGCCGGGAGUGUCGCCGGGAGUGUCGCCGGGAGUGUCGCCGGGAGUGUCGCCGGGAGUGUCGCCGGGAGUGUCGCCGGGAGUGUCGCCGGGAGUGUCGCCGGGAGUGUCGCCGGGAGUGUCGCCGGGAGUGUCGCCGGGAGUGUCGCCGGGAGUGUCGCCGGGAGUGUCGCCGGGAGUGUCGCCGGGAGUGUCGCCGGGAGUGUCGCCGGGAGUGUCGCCGGGAGUGUCGCCGGGAGUGUCGCCGGGAGUGUCGCCGGGAGUGUCGCCGGGAGUGUCGCCGGGAGUGUCGCCGGGAGUGUCGCCGGGAGUGUCGCCGGGAGUGUCGCCGGGAGUGUCGCCGGGAGUGUCGCCGGGAGUGUCGCCGGGAGUGUCGCCGGGAGUGUCGCCGGGAGUGUCGCCGGGAGUGUCGCCGGGAGUGUCGCCGGGAGUGUCGCCGGGAGUGUCGCCGGGAGUGUCGCCGGGAGUGUCGCCGGGAGUGUCGCCGGGAGUGUCGCCGGGAGUGUCGCCGGGAGUGUCGCCGGGAGUGUCGCCGGGAGUGUCGCCGGGAGUGUCGCCGGGAGUGUCGCCGGGAGUGUCGCCGGGAGUGUCGCCGGGAGUGUCGCCGGGAGUGUCGCCGGGAGUGUCGCCGGGAGUGUCGCCGGGAGUGUCGCCGGGAGUGUCGCCGGGAGUGUCGCCGGGAGUGUCGCCGGGAGUGUCGCCGGGAGUGUCGCCGGGAGUGUCGCCGGGAGUGUCGCCGGGAGUGUCGCCGGGAGUGUCGCCGGGAGUGUCGCCGGGAGUGUCGCCGGGAGUGUCGCCGGGAGUGUCGCCGGGAGUGUCGCCGGGAGUGUCGCCGGGAGUGUCGCCGGGAGUGUCGCCGGGAGUGUCGCCGGGAGUGUCGCCGGGAGUGUCGCCGGGAGUGUCGCCGGGAGUGUCGCCGGGAGUGUCGCCGGGAGUGUCGCCGGGAGUGUCGCCGGGAGUGUCGCCGGGAGUGUCGCCGGGAGUGUCGCCGGGAGUGUCGCCGGGAGUGUCGCCGGGAGUGUCGCCGGGAGUGUCGCCGGGAGUGUCGCCGGGAGUGUCGCCGGGAGUGUCGCCCUAUUGA